UGGGCGGCGGCGGAGCGGAAUGAGCGGUAAGGGGUUGUGUGCGCAGUUGGUGAUGGAGUUGGAGACAGUGACCCAGAACCAGCUGGAGGGCUGGGUGGCCGCCAACCUGCAGCCCAGCCCGGAAUUCAGCGCGGCGGUGAGACAGACGGUGAAGCACAUCUGCGACUUCCUCAAGGAGCGCUGCUUCGAGGGCAUCAGAGUCCUCAAGACCGUCAAGGGCGGCUCGGCAGGGAAGGGCACGGCGCUGCGCAACAACUCGGAUGCCGACGUGGUGCUCUUCGUUAACUGCUUCUCCAGCUACCAGGAGCAGGAGCAGGAGCGGGCCCGCAUCCUCGCCAUCAUCGAGAAUCGGCUCUAUGAGUGUCCCCCGACAGCGUCCACAGUCACAAUCAGCACCCCGCGCUACAAGGACAGCCGGGACAGACCGCGCUCCCUCAGCCUCACCCUCUCCUCCAUCGCUUCUGGCGAGUCCAUCGACGUGGACAUCCUGCCUGCCUACGAUGCGCUGGGGCAGGUGAUUCAGGAUGCCCCCCCGGACUCCAUUGUCUACGUGAAGCUGUUGGCCACGGGCUGCGGUCCCGGUGAUUUCUCUCCCAGCUUCACAGAACUGCAGAAGAACUUUGUGAAGUGGCGCCCCGCCAAGGUGAAGGACCUGCUGCGCCUGGUCAAGUUCUGGUACAAGGAGAUGCUGAAGCCACAGUACCCCGACGCUAAGCUGCCCCCCAAGUAUGCGCUGGAGCUGCUGACCAUCUACGUCUGGGAGGAGGGCACAAAUAGGAGCGAGGAUUUCAGCAUGGCUGAGGGCUUCCGCACUGUGCUGGAGCUGCUCGGCCGGCACCAGGACAUCUGUAUUUACUGGGAGAAGUACUAUUUCCUGCGGGACGAGCGGAUUGGUGCCCACCUGAAGAAUCAGCUGCGCCAGACCCGCCCCGUCAUCCUGGAUCCUGCUGACCCCACUGGCAUCCUGGGCCAAGACAAGAGAUGGGACUUGGUGGCCACGGAGGCUGCCCGGAGAUGUAUGUCACUGCCCUGCAUCCGUGAUGCCCGCCCCUGGAAUGUGCAGCCUGCCCGACCUGUGACUGUGCAAGUGAAGAAGCUGCAGGGCAUCAGCCUGAGCAGGAGGGUCAGCCCCAGCACCACAAUCUGGGAGCUGAAGGGGGAGAUAGAGAAGGAGUGGGGCAUCCCCCGCUACCAGCAGCGCCUGGCCCUGCAGCAGAACCCCAGCAGCUACUCGAGCGUGCUGCAGGAUGGGGACAGCCUGGCCACCCAUGGCCUCUUCUAUGACACCGUGCUGCUGCUGCUGCACACGGAGCCCCAGAAGAUGGAUGUUCUAGUGAAGGACAGCAGCAACAAGACCAAUGUCUACACUGUGCGGCCCACCGACACUGUGAAGCAGCUGAAGCAGCAGAUCUAUGCCCGCCAGCACGUGCCCGUGGAGCAGCAGCGCCUCACCUAUGAGACCAGGGAGCUGGAGAACCACCACACGCUGGAGCAUUACAGCGUGCAGCCCCGCAGCACCAUCUACCUGCUGCUGCGGCUGCGGGGUGGUGCAGGACCCCUGCCCCGAUGCUUCGUGUCCUCCUGAGCUACCCUAACCCCCAGCCUGCAGCCCUGCCCCUGCCCUGCCCCCGGCAAUAAAACCUGUGGACCAUU